GUGUGCUUGUGUGUGGCAGUGCCGCUUCUGUCGGCAGCGACGUCAGCAGCGCUGUCGCAACAGUGUUUUAGGGAUAGGAGAACGCUCUGACAGAACAACAGAGCGUCCGACCGAAAUCAGUUGAUAGCAACACUCUGCGUGCGGCAAAAGCAUAUAAUUUCUUGAGCGGGCGAAGCGUGAAAAAAAUUUAGAAACAUUUAUAUUUUUGUAUUUCAACAAGAAUUUCAGUGGAAAACGUGCGUGAAUUUGUGAUUUUGACAAAUUUGAAAAUUGUGAAAAAUCGAAAUUUUGAGCGUAAACAUUUUGCGUAGAGCGCGAUUUGUGUGAAUAACGGCAAAUGACAAAUAAUAAUAUAAAUAAAUAAAUGUGUUUGGCCGUCAAGCGCAAAAUAAAUAUCCAUAUUUUUUACGUAAGCGCAAAGAAGUGUCAACUUUUAUUCAAUUAGAUAUUUUUGGAAAAAAAAAAAACAAAAAAAAAAUAUUUUUUAAAAUAAAAAAUAACCUAUGACAGUGUUAAGUGCAAUAAUAAAUUAAUUAACAGUAAAUAAUAUAAAAAUAAAAUAAUUUUUUUUUUACAAAAACCAAAAAUCAUAAUAUUUGACAACCAACGUGUUGGCGGCGGCUCGGCGCUCAUAUGUUAUUGCGGCAAACGUGAAACCUACAUGCAACUGCAAAUUCAAGCUAGAAACACACAUACGGCCUUACUAAAUAUACUAAAUAUAUUAGUGCAUUAACUUAUACGACCACCAACAACAACAAGAACAACUGUAAAAACAAAGAAAACUAUUGAGACAACGCCGGGCGCAACCGAAAAUCCAACGGCCGCUUGCAGACUGUGCCUACUUAACCAAACACACACACACACAGCCGAACACAGAGAGACACUCGGUGCUACAAACCUGCAUAGGUUGGCCCGGCUCACAGCUCACUUGCAUAUCGAACGCCGGCGGCAUAAAGCAAGCGACGUCGUUGACAAUAACAACACUGCAGCAACAGCAACAACAACAAUAAGCAAAAGCCAAUAGCUAGCCAAGCAGCUAAACUGAUCGAUCGAUCGCGACGCAACGACCGAUAGUCAGUCAGUCAGUCAGUCAACCACGCAGCAGGUACCCACACACACAUCUAUACAUACGCAACCAACUGAAGACUCGUCUACUUGUGUGCGUGUGCGUUGUGGUAAUAUAAGAUUUGUCGGAUCUACCUACUUACCAACUUACCAGUAGGUAGUACUGUUGCUGCAACUAUUGUAGCGCCCAAAAACCAACUGAUCGCGCUGCACAAAAGUAAAUAUAUCAGACCGUACAAUAACAACAACAGGCGGCAAGUGUAAGAAAUAGCAACAAUUUCUUGCACGCACAGUUCAUCCAAUUUGAGUUUGUGUAGACACAGUACUUUGUUGCAGAAAGAGAGAGAGUUCGUUCGUUCGUUGGAACAUGAUCCUGGCGCAAGAAAAGUGAACUGCUGAAGCAAAAAAUAUUGCGAGUCAAUAGUGAAACUAUUAGAUUUAGUGAACGCUGUGUUAAAUCCGAUCAACAGUUGCGAAAAAGUGCGAAUUUUAGAAAAUAACGGCAAUAAAAGCUUUAAAUCAAGUGCAAAACUUAAAUCUUUGCUUUAAACGAUCAAUACGAAAGAUCGUUAAAAUUCGUAAAAAAAAAUAGCGAUCUCAGAAAGUGAUUUGUGUAUAUUUUAGCCGAGCUAAAGUGAAUAAGAUUUUUAGAAAAUAAAAUUCAAUAAUAUAAUUGGAAGCAGUGCCUAGUGAUAGAGAUAAAGAAGAAGCUUUAAAAUUGAAAUAAUUAAAAAAACUAAAAGUGAAGCUUUAAAAAUUAAAUGAUUUAACAAAUUCUAAAAUUCUUAAAAAAGUGUAAUACACAAUAAAAGGUUAUGAACCUUGAUUUUUAUUUGCAAGAAAUAAGUGUUUUUCAACAAGAAAGAAAAAGGAAAAUAAAAUUAAUAUUUUUUAUAAAGUGUGCCAAUUGAAAGAUCGCGCAAGAUCAGUUAAAAAUUAAGGAAAAAGUGCAUUUUACUAAUAAUUAAACCUUACAUUUGAAACCUUUACAUUUUUGAAAUACCAAAAAAUUAAUUUAAACAUUUAAAUCACCUGAUCUCAACUGAAGAUCAUCGGCGCGUUUGAAAAAAGUGCACAAAAGUAUACAGAACUAUACAAGUUCCAUAUAUAAAACUAUCUGAAAAUCAUAUUGGUGCAAUUCAUAAGUGAAGCAGAUAAUAUAUUAUCAAUUUACGAUCUCAUAUAAAAUAAAAAGCAACAUUAUACGCUUUUUUUGAGUACGAAAAGUUUUUAAAGUGCAUAAGUGCCAUUAAACAUAUAAUUUUCAACACAAAUAUAUACAGCAUUCAACAAGUCGUACUGUUUUCAUCAUCUCUCAACGGCUUUAACUUCGGGAUCUUUACAUUUUCAUCGCAGGAGCACGCGUGACCACUUUACUCUGGCAAUUUUAGCCAGCUAGAUAUGCCCGCACAAUAUGGAACUUGCGAUUUGUAAAACAGAGUUGCCAACUACCAGAUUUAUGCUACCAACUGCACCGGCCUCCUUCUAUCAGAAGAAUAACGCUCACUUUAGUGAGAUACUCAAUUUCAAUACCAAUUUCCUGUUCAAUAAAAAUAAUACAAACAACAACAAUUGUGAUAAUAAUCAAAAUAACAACAACAACAAUCAUAAUAAUAGUGCCAGUGCCAGUGCGAGUGUGAGUGCUAGUGCAAUUAUAAAUAAUAAUAAUCAAAAUAAUAUUAGUGUCAACAAUAACAAUAAUCACAGCAGCAGUUCAAUUUUGAGCAACAACAACAACGCCAGCGGCAGCAUGCGUCUGAAAAAGAAUCGACGAGUGACUUUCCUGAAGAACCUAAUCGAGACAAAUAUCCGCAUCAAAGAAGAGCCUGAUGAUGGCACCAAAGACAUACCACCGCCAAUGUGCAGUUUAUCGGAUAUGUCCGAUCAUGAAGCAUCAAUCGAUGUGCCAUCACAAAUUCCACCACUCACACCCGGCACCAAUCGCAAGGUAGCCGAAGUGUUAAAGGCCUCGUUCGCUUCAUGGGAAAAGGAGGUGCAGAACUGUAAUAUAACCAAAGAUCCCCGCGAAUGGAAGGAGGAGCACGUCAUCUAUUGGCUGAAUUGGGCAAGCAAAGAAUUCUCACUGGUCUCAAUGAAUUUGGAGCCUUUUAUUAAAAUGAAAGGACGUGAUAUGAUUGAAUUAGGCAAAGAGCGGUUUCUGGCAAUAACGCCACCUUUCACGGGCGAUAUUUUGUGGGAACACUUGGAUAUACUGCAGAAGGAUUGUGAAAAAUUUGGCAAUGAUGAUGUUGUUAAUGUACAACAACAACAACAACAACAACAAAACUCCUUUGAAACAUCCACAACGGCGUCACAUUGUGGCUCCGAUCAGCAAGUUGGCAAUUAUUUAGGCAAUAACAGUAAUAAUAAUAACAAUAACAACAACAACAAUAACAACAGUCACAGAAUAACAACGGAUUACGCAACACCACCAGCCAGUGAGAAAAGUAGCUUCCAUUCACCAUCGGUGCAUCACAGUGGCUACAGUAGUAAUCCGCAUGAUCACAGCAAUAACAGCCCGCCCCCGCAAACGCAACAACAAACGCAGAACACUAACAACAAUGGUACGCUGCUUUCACACGCGCAGCAGCAGCAACAACAACAACAACAGUCCCAACAAAGCAAUCCCGCCGCCAACAGCAAUGCGCCCAACCAAGCCAGCGGCGGCCAGACGCCCAAUCACAACAACAACAAUAGCGCCAAUAUGAAUUACAUGCAUGUGGCGCUGCGUAACUCUGCCGCUGCGGCAGCACUCUACAGCCAACAUCAAAUGAAAGAGGAACCCGGCACACAGAACACCUCCUCCUAUUCGAGUCUGGGCAGUGGCAGCAGUAACGGUCAAACCGAUCCGGCUGAUCUCUCCGUUUCAUCCGUUUACGGUUUGCCACCACAUCUGGCGGGUGCUGCCGCUGCGGCUGCGGUUGCUGCAGCCACCGGUGUGUACGAUGACAAUGAUUAUCACAGCACGAUCUCAUCGCAAGAACAUCAGAGUUAUCAGGAUAGCGGUGCCGAUUUCUAUGGACUCGCUGUGGCGAAUAAUGAACAGAAAUACAAUGCCUACGGACGCUCACCAUUCCCCGACACAUAUGGUUCGGAGUAUGGUUCUUACGAUCCAACGCGUUUCUCAGCGAUGACCGGACAGUCGCCGACGGAUCAAUGGGGUGUGCACCAUGGUGGACACAAUUCGGCGCCGUUUAUGAAUACGAUGACUUUGGAGAAGGCGCUCAUGGGCGCAUAUCCCAUGCAAGGCGGUGUGCCGUGCUUUACCGGCUCCGGGCCGAUACAGUUGUGGCAAUUUCUGUUGGAGCUGCUCAUGGAUAAGACGUGUCAGAGCUUCAUUGCGUGGACUGGCGAUGGUUGGGAGUUCAAGUUGUCCGAUCCCGAUGAGGUUGCACGUCGCUGGGGUAUACGCAAGAACAAACCAAAAAUGAACUAUGAGAAGCUCAGUCGUGGUCUGCGCUAUUAUUAUGAUAAAAAUAUCAUCCACAAGACGGCAGGCAAGCGCUACGUCUACAAAUUCGUUUGUGAUCUACAAAACCUGAUUGGUUACACGCCAGAAGAAUUAUGUGCUAAAUAUGACCUCAAGACAGAUAAGAAAGAUGAUGACUAGAUUGUUGUUUGUGGGCUAAACGCCUAGGCGAAACGCUAAAGUUAGCCAUGACUACAGCAACGAGCCCCCCAUAAGCCAACCACCACCCCCACACUCACACUCACACCCUCACGGAGAGAACUUAAAGCUGUGCUUUAAUUGCGAGUGCAAACUUGACAAUGCCAAAUGCCAAAUGAGAUCAUCAAGCUAACCUCACUUUUGGUUCAAGUGCGCACUGGUGGGCGGUCGCAAAUGCUGCGGUGGGAGAGAGGAGGGGGAUGCGGUGCAUGCAUGUAAAUGUGGAUUCUUCCAAAUGUGCUUAAUUUUUCAAAGUACACACACACAUUAUUUACACAAAUACAUACAUACAUACAUACAUAUACACUUAUACAUUUGUAAUUAUAUUUUAGUAUAUAUAUACCGUUAUAUUAAAAAAAUAUGUAUUUGCUAUUUUCUGUGCUUACUCAUGUUUAAGUUUUAAGUCAUACAAUUAUGAAUCCAAUUAAUUUGUUUGAGGAGAUUACAUGCUCACUUAUAUACAAACACAUACAUAAAUGUACAUAGUGUGCUAAAGGAACACAGAGCAGAGCGUGCGCACGAAAAAUCGAAAAAAUAAGUGAAUCCCCUAAUAAUCGUGAUCUUAAUUUUAAGUUUGCACAACAGUUUUACAUUAUUACAUAACGUACUCAUAAUACUAUACUU